CACCAACACUUCCCCAUCUAACUUUUGGUGGGCAGAAAAGAAAGUGCAGUGCAGUUCAGGAAAUAUGCAUAUGACCUCCUGACAUCUCUCACUGCUGCUGCUCCAAAUCUUGAAAACCCAACCAAAAACUACUGAGAUAUAUAUGUAUAUAUAUCUAUCAGUUACGCUAAUAAGUUUUAACCACCCCCAAGAAAGAAACCACAUCCUUUUUCCUAGGACUCUUCUUGUCUGCUCUGCUUCAUGACCUCUCAGGAUUCCCGCCGAUGGCAGAAGCAUAAAUUGAAGUGAAAACAAGAAUCUUGAAUAUCUGUGUGUGCGUGUGUGUGUGUAGUGUUCUUUUUCUUUUCUUUUCUCUUUGAGGUGAAGACUGAGAUGGUGGUUGCCGGCGGCGAAGAGUGCUCCGGCGGCCGGACCGUGGUGGUGGGGGUGAAGCUGGACUCCCAUAGCAGAGAGCUGCUGACGUGGGCUUUGGUGAAAGUUGCUCAGGCGGGUGAUCGUGUAGUUGCACUUCAUGUUCUUGACAACAAUGAAAUUGUGGAUCGUGAUGGAAAAUCAUCUCUACUCUCUCUGGUUAAAGCUUUUGACUCAAUUCUUGCAGUUUAUGAAGGCUUCUGUAAUCUCAAACAGGUGGAUCUCAAGUUAAAGAUCUGUAGAGGUUCGUCGAUUCGGAAAAUUCUUGUCCGUGAAGCCAAAUCUUACUAUGCAACUGAGGUUAUUGUUGGAACUGCUCAAACUCAUCAUACGAUCCGUUCAUCAGCAUCUGUUGCUAAGUACUGUGCUAAAAAAUUGUCCAAAGAUUGUUCUGUCUUGGCUGUCAAUAAUGGGAAGAUUGUUUUUCAUAGAGAAUCCAAUUCAGUAUCUCGCAUUAGCUUGAAAGAAAUCGAGCAUCACCGCCGCAAUGGUCUGCUCAAUGCCAUUCAGAGAUCGUUCAGUAAGAACGUGAAAGUGCUUAACGAUAGUCGUUCCAUGAAGCCGAUGUUGACAUGGGAUGAAGGUACCUGUGGCAAAUUGGAUAUGGCCUUAGCUAGUCCUGAUCUUGUGACCCUUGAACGGAAUUGUUCGAUUUGUUCGCCGGAUUCAGUGGCACCCAAUAAUUCUUUUGGACGAUUGUCUGAGGAGCUUUCAGAUGAUGAUAGUAAAGAGAAUUCAAUGGCUAUAGUACCAGUGCAGAAGCUAGAGGCAGCAUCAAGUUCAAUUUCCCUGUUAUUAAGAGAAUUACCAGAACCGAAACCUGGUUGGCCGCUUCUUCGUCGAGCCAUUUUAUCAAAUGCGACAUCUUCAAAUAAUCCCCGUGCGAGACAAAUAUCUGUGGUUCAGUGGGCCAUGCGUCUACCAAGUCGAUAUGGUUUGUCAAUUGAGCAUACGAAUAGGAAAGAUAGUGAUUCUGAUUGUGACGGUGAGCAAUCUUCUAAACUAGAUGGAGAAAGCGGUGCAAUUAUUCCUGUGGGAAAUGAGACUUUAUCUGUUCCAUCAUCACCUGACUCGAUCUCGAGACCCUUACCAGUGGAACUGGAGGGUCUUCAUGAGAAAUACACUGCCACCUGCAGAUUGUUUAAAUUCCAUGAACUCGUCUCAGCAACAUCCAAUUUCAUACCAGAGAAUAUGAUCGGCAAAGGUGGCAGCAGCCAGGUUUACAGAGGCUGCCUUCCUGACGGCAAGGAACUUGCUGUGAAGAUUUUAAAGCCAUCUGAAGAUGCGCUGAAAGAGUUCGUUCUUGAAAUUGAGAUCAUCACAGCUCUGCAUCACAAAAACAUCAUCUCACUUUUUGGAUUCUGUUUCGAGAAUAACCAUCUUCUCUUGGUCUAUGAUUUUCUAUCAAGAGGAAGCCUUGAAGAGAACCUUCAUGGUAACAAAAAGGAACCACUGGCAUUUGGGUGGAGUGAGAGGUAUAGGGUUGCUAUCGGAGUAGCUGAGGCUUUGGAUUAUCUUCACAACAGAGAAGCUCAACCCGUAAUCCACAGGGAUGUCAAGUCAUCCAAUAUACUUCUAUCCGAUGAUUUUGAGCCACAGCUUUCUGAUUUCGGGCUUGCUAAAUGGGCAUCGGCAACUUCAUCUCACAUAACAUGCACUGAUGUGGCUGGGACAUUCGGAUACUUGGCUCCUGAAUAUUUCAUGUAUGGCAAAGUAAAUGAGAAGAUCGAUGUCUAUGCAUAUGGGGUAGUACUUCUGGAGCUUCUAUCAGGAAGAAAGCCUAUAUGCAGUGAUUGUCCAAAGGGCCAAGAGAGCCUUGUUAUGUGGGCAAAGCCAAUUUUAAAUUCUGAGAAGUUCGUCACAUUGCUGGACCCAAGCUUGGGCAGCAGUUACGAUCAUAAUCAAGUUGAGAGAAUGGUUCUAGCUGCUUCACUCUGCAUAAGACGUGCACCACGAGCUCGCCCCCAAAUGAGCCUCGUAGUGAAGCUUCUCCAAGGCGACGCUGAGGUAGUAAAGUGGGCAAGACUCCAAGUGAAUGCUUCCGAGGGGUCUAACAUCAGGCAAGAAGCUAAUUCUCUUGAUGGGGCUGAUGCACUAGACGACGAAACCUUUUCACAGUCUAAUCUGCAAUCCCACCUCAACCUGGCUUUGCUCGGUGUGGAGGAAGAUUCUCUCUCCAUAAGCAGCAUCGAGCAAAGUGUUUCUUUAGAGGAUUAUCUGCGAGGCAGGUGGAGCCGUUCCUCAAGCUUUGACUAACCGUAACUUGUGCACCAAACGAAAAAGUUUUCGAGUGUGAUUCUUCUAUGCAUGUUCUCCUCUUUGUUGAUAGGGGCUUUUGGAUGUGAGGUUGUUUGUGUGUGCGCCCUCCUCCUACCCUUUUGUUGUCGUGAAAGGCGAAGCAAUUUUCUAGGGAUUGUCUUCCAGAAUGUAUAGGAUACAAGUGCAAUCUGCAUGAAAGAUUUGAUGUAUUUUGGUUCUUGAAUCCUCCUCUCAAAGUGUAGUUAUACAAUGUUCACAUGAUAUAUAACAUAGGCGCUAGAUUCUUGAUCUUCUUUCA